AUGGGCGGAAGGUGUGAAGCAUGCAGAGCAAACAUAAAUGUUACUCAAAAACGAAUAAAAUGCACACAAUGUUCGCAUAACUACCAUUCAGAGUGCAUAAAUUUUAAUAAUGAUACUGCUUCAAGAUCUGAAUGGAAGUGUCCCGCUUGCACUGCUUCUUGUCGAAAAGGUGGUGAUAACAGUAACACUCCGAUACGAACUAAUAAGUCUCCUUCCAACACCGUUUACGAUAAAACUACGUAUAGAUCAUCAAAAAAAAGUUCUGACCAGCCUACAUGUAUCACUGAGACCAGUAGUUGCCAACCAUAUAAUUUGGAAUUAAUUAAUAGCAUAGAGUUACUGUUAGACAAAAAACUCAGUGCUAUAAAAUUCGAUAUAAUUCAAGAGUUGAAAUUAUCACUUAUCACUGAAAUAAAAAAUGAAAUAAGUAAUAACCUUAAACAGCUGGAAGAAUCGCAUAACAGUUUGCUAAAUGACUACAACAAUCUUAAAAGUAAUUUUGAAAAACUUCAACAAAAUGUCCAGAAUUUCGAGAUGAAACUGGUGGAAUUAUGUGCGCAAAUAAAAAAAGAACAACAAUGGGGUAGACUUUCGAACUUAGAGAUUGUUGGUUUACCAGAAAACUCAAAAGAAUCGACUUCUGAAUUAAUAAUCAAAAUAGCCAGCCAUGCAGGAAUAAAGCUUACGGAUGAUCAAAUUGUUUUUGCGCACCGAGUUCGGCCUAUGCAGAAUGUUGGAGGUCGCCCAAAAAACAUUGUAGUCAAAUUUCAGAAUCGCACUAUUAAAGAUAAUAUUAUUUCAGGGCUCCGAAAAACCAAAGGAAUUACUUCUUCCGAUAUUGGACUGGGUGGUCCAGCCAAAAGGCUUUUUGUUAACGAACACCUGACCCCUGAGAAUAAGCAACUCUUGAAAAUAGUAAAAUCACGAGCAAGGGCCAAAUCAUAUAAGUUUGUCUGA